AUGCGGAACCACCGAACCCCUGAUCCCGAACCCCGAUUCAGAAACACCGAACCCCCGAACCCGAACCCGAACCCCUCAACCCGAACACCGAUGCAGAACCACCCGAGCCCCCGAACCCGAACCCCUCAACCCGAACACCGAUGCAGAACCACCCGAGCCCCCGAACCCGAACCCCUCAACCCGAACCCCCGAACCCGAACCCUCAACCCAAACCCCGAUUCAGAACCCCCGAACAACCGAACCACCACCGCAAGCACAAAGCCGAGGCCCAGACUGCAGCAAAGGCCAGCAGGGAAGGCGGGGAAUGCAAGCCUCGGGGACGGUGUACAAGUUAUGGCGACGCGGCGGUCAUAUGCGAGACAAAAUAUGCGAGAGGGAAUUAUCAAGCCGGAAUCCCGUCUCAGAUUCGCCGGCGUAUAA